AUGAACCUAGCAAUUAGCCGCGAAGGCGUUGGCGAGUCAGGCUGGGUGAUCCAGUGCCAACUGAGAAUUUAUCUUUGGCUUGGCAUGAUCAAGGACUUUCGCACCUACAAAAGCGGCCUCCCCGAGGGCUUUGAUGUCGAUUGCUUCAAGAAGAAUCGGCCGCCCGAUGAACUCCUCUACAGAGGUGAGCGAGGUCCAAUCUCACUUGUCAAGUCAGCUGGUACCGAAUUUAAUUUUAGUCUAUAUUUAGUCUUAUUUUUCGUUUCACCUUAA